AUCGAGUCCAGGAUUGUGAAUUGCUUGGUCUUCAUAGCAGGCGUUCCUUCCGUGAACGAUCGUUAGUGAUGACAGGUCCGUUAAUAGUAGAACAAUUCCACAUAAGAGGCAGCACUUCCCCCUUCCCCCCCACCUCCCCACAACAAUUCUAUUGUUCGGAGACUUAAAGCAAAACCAAGAUUCGUCGACAGAGCCCUUACCCCCUAUGACAGGACAAAACGACAGGGCAAUCGAGGCUCAGGUUCGGGUAGCUUGCGAGGAAUGCCACGCGCGCAAGAUCCGCUGCGAACUGGCUCUGGCGAACAGUGGUGGCGCGGGCAGCAGUUGCAAAGCAUGCGCACUCAACCAACGACGAUGCCUCUUCUCGCUUCGGAGCCGGACUGGGAGACCGCGCAAGCAGCCUCUGACUUCUUCUUCCUCUUCAUCCUCCUCACCACCGCAGCCACUGCCACUGCAGACGAACCGUUCGUCCAAACUUUUGCAGGCGGAACCCACUACCCAGUCGCCCCUACGACCGAUGUCGUCAUCCAUGCGGUCGGGGGAGCAGAUGGCGGGAGACGAAGACAGGGGAGGAAACGAGGAGAAUGAGGAAGGGAUGGAACAGGUUCAUAGCCUCGUUCAGCAGAACCUAGAGUCACUGUCGCAUGGACAACAGGCGCAGCAGAUGUGGACUCCGGAAGCAAUUGACCCGGCGGGGUGGAAUGCAUCACCACCCGCAUGGGCAAUAUUGGCAGCUAACAAC